AUGUCGGAAAACGAAUAUCCGUUAAAAACAACGUUUGAUAUUUCAGGAACCUUAACAGAAACACUAUGGUUUCCAGCUGACAAACAAGUCAAAAAAUCAUCUGGAAAUAAUUUGAUUUUUUUUAUGAUACCUGGUAAUCCUGGUGUUAUCGAUUAUUAUACCAAUUUUUUAAUGACGAUUUAUGAAGAACAUGAUAAGCUAAUUGAUGUAAUUGGAGAGAAAUUUGAAAAAGAACAAAAUGUAAAACCAAAAUUUAUCUUGGCUGGCCAUUCCGUUGGAGGACAUAUUUGUAAAGAGAUAUUGAAAGCGCGUCCAAAUCAUGGAAUUGAAAGGGUAUACGCUUUAUUUCCGACUUUACAACAUAUUCUAAAAACUCCUAAUGGUGCUGUGUUAAAUCCUCUCUUAUUUGGAGAAUUUCAAAGAAAUAUUUCGGCAUCAUUUGUUCAACUAAUUCGCACGAAUUUAUUUCCUUCAGUUUUCAAAUUAUUGAUAAAAUUAUGUACAGCCCAAUCUGAUCCUUAUCUCAGUGUUACUACCGAUAAAUUACUUCACGGUCAUAUAGUUAAAAAUGCGCUUUAUAUGGCAAGUUCGGAAAUGGAAUCUAUUACUGAAUUGGAAGAAGAAUUCUAUAGAUCCAAUUUAAAUAAAUUUGUAUUUUAUUUUUCUAAUGGUGAUCGUUGGGCUCCCUUAAGUCAUUAUGAAGAUAUGGUACAAAGGUUUCCGGAAGGAAAGAUUUUAUUAUGCGAUCAGGGAAUGCCACAUUCUUUUGUACUUGGUGAGCAAUUUAUCAUUUCUAAUUAA